AAGCUUUCAGAAAGCUAGAAUUCAGCAGCUAACUCGCUUGAACCAGCAAAUAGACAAUCAUGCUGUUGUACAAGGCGAAGGAGUUCUACGCGCACACGGUGGUGCCCAACAUGGGUGUCUUUUUGACACUUAUCUCGCAGCUUUUCAACUGCAUGAUGGUGAUGUUCUGCAAGCUCUUGAUCGUGGACAAAGACUUCGAGACCCCGAUUCACCCGUUGCAGAUCCUCUUUGUGCGGAUGGUCAUUACAUACUUGUUUUGCAUCUGCUACUUUGUCUUCUACGAGAAAAACUCAGACUUUCCCUUCGGACCCAAAGGCUUCCGCUUCCUGUUGUUUCUCCGUGCCCUCGGGGGCUUUGUCGGAGUCGGCGGCCAGUACUGGUCCCUCCUCUACCUAAACGUCUCCGACACCAUUGCCAUCACCUUUUUGGCUCCAACCAUAACCUCCUUCAUGGCGUACGUCUUCCUAGGCGAGAGCUUCACCCGGAUCGAAGCCAUCGGCGGGUUUGUGGCUUUCGGCGGCGUCAUUUUGAUCGCCAAGCCUCAUUUCCUCCUAUCGAUCUUCUCCUCCGUGAAACACGAUCCUUCGGUCCUCGAGGAGGCUAGUGGCAGCGUGAACCUACGGUUGGUUGGCUCAUGCUUUGCCUUCGUCUCGACUUUCGGUACAGGUGUCGCAAUGUGUGCCAUUCGGAAGAUAGGUUUUAACGCCCACCCGUUGUUCAUGGUCUCCAUUUACGCCCUUUUCACAACCGUUGCGUCUUUCAUCGGCAUCAUCGUCUUACCGGGACUAUCGUUCCAGAUUCCCCACACCAUCAAACAAUGGUCAUUGCUAACCGCGAUCGGAGUCACAGGGUUCUUUAUGCAAUUCCUGUUGACGGCGGGCAUGCAGCGAGAAAAGGCCGCAAGAGCCAUAGCAAUGACCUACACACAAUUGAUCUACGCGUCCAUCUUUGACUUCGUAGUCAACGGUACCAUCCCACAAGGCUGGUCUCUUGUUGGCGAGAUUGUCAUUGUCAUAGCCGUUUUCUCCAUCAUUUACUUCAAAGAGUCUCCACCGCCACCACUGAUUGCCGAUACCACUGAUGGCACCAGCAACUUCCGCUUAGAUUUAGAAAGAGACGUCGAAUUGAAACCAUUCAGAGACAGUACCUCCACUGCUCCUCAAAACAUAGAGAUCAUUCAUAGUGAGGCCGAAAGUGGCGAUUUCAAACUGUCUUCAGAAUCAGACUCGGAUGCCCACGACGAGGGCUCUUUGGAUCUCGGUCGUUGACCCAUAAGGUGUGCUGGUACCAGUCUUUCACGAUUCCCUUCAUUUCCUUUCCUACCAUUUAUCUUCUCUCCCAUUUUACUUUCUUAAAUUUACAUACUUACUUGAUUUUUUGAGCAUUUUUUUCUUUAUUCUCGCAACCUUUCUUUUGUUUACUUCUUUUAUACAUCUAUUUAUUCAUACCGUAUUCAUGUAGUUUUGAAUUUUUUUCUUUUUGCUUUGGCGACAAAAAUAUAGAGUUACAA